CUGAUCAUAUUGAACCAACCGAUAGCAGAUACAAGAGUGCUAGACCGCUUGUGGAACCAUACAAGCUAUCGGUUGUGCGCUGAUGGCGGUGCCAACCAACUUCACGAUCUCUUCGUCCAGAAUGAUCCAUCACGGCUCGAUCAAUAUUUACCAGAUAUUGUUCAUGGUGAUCUCGACUCUCUUAGAGAUGAUGUGAAAGCCCACUAUCAAGGACGCGGUGUAGAGGUCACAGAGGAUCCAGACCAGUACAGCACAGAUUUUGGAAAGGCAAUAAAACAGGUGCUGAGGGAGCAACCCUGGCAGAGAAACUUCCUCGUGCUUGGGACCAUCGCAGGCCGACUUGACCAGGGAAUUGGUCUCUUGUCAGAGAUCUACCGAGAGCAACACUCCAAAGAGUGUCCUAACCUUCGCUUCUGGCUGUUUUCCGAAUCAAGCAUCUCGUUCACUCUUCCUGCUGGAACGACAACGAUCCACACUCCGCUGGCCGAGAAAGUCAUAACGCCAAACAUUGGUAUCCUACCUAUAUUUGGCCCCGCACAUAUCUCGACGCACGGCCUGGAAUGGGACGUGAAGGACUGGUAUACGCAGAUGGGUGGUCAAGUCAGUACCAGUAACCACGUUGUCGAAGAUCAGAUCACUGUUUCGACCGAUGCUGAGGUCCUCUUCACAGUCGAGCGAAGG